CUAAUCUUGGCAUCUCAAAAGGCCUCGAGAGCAGAUUUGAAUGGAGAAUGGCGGCAGGCAAGAGUGGUUUUAAUUAGAGAAGAUGGCUUUAUUUUCUUUAUAACCUAAGCAUGACAAAUACAGAACACAACUUAACAUCAGUCAUGGGAGAUCUCAAUAAUGAUCAGGAGCACAACAUGCUCUCUGCUUCCAGAAAGCGAGUGGUGCUGGGUGAAAUUACCAACUUCUCCAAUACUGUAUCCGCACAGUCUCAGACCUCCGAUGUUAACAAUACUCACAGCCCUAAACGACCAUUAAAAAAGAAACACAGGAAAGAUAUCCCAUCCCAGUUGACGAGUCGGAAUCGUAAUAAUAGAUUGAAGAAGGAAAAUGAUCAGGACAUUGGUGAGAGUUCGAGUGCAUCCCAGAAAUGUGGUUAUUCUUCUUCUAUCUAUGAGCAUCUUCGAUCCUUGGAGAUUGAGGACAAGAGGAGGCCAUUCCACAAUUAUAUGGAAAAAAUUCAGACUGAUAUUUCGGUGAAAAUGCGAGAAGUUCUAGUGGAUUGGUUGGUUGAAGUUGCAGAAGAAUAUAGGCUUGUAUCUGACACACUUUAUCUUGCUGUAGCAUAUGUUGACAGAUUCCUCUCUUACCGAGUUCUCACCAGGAACAAACUACAGCUUCUUGGAGUUUGUUGCAUGCUUAUUGCUUCGAAGUAUGAAGAGAUCAGUCCUCCACAUGUUGAAGACUUUUGCUAUGUAACAGAUAAUACCUACACAAAGGAAGAGGUGGUUGAUAUGGAGGAAGAAGUACUCAAAUAUCUGAACUUUGAAGUGAGUACUCCCACAACGAAGAGUUUUCUUAGAGUAUUGAUGAGGACUACUCAACAGAAUUGCAAAAAGCCAGAUUUACGAUUUGAAUUCUUGUGCUGUUAUCUUGCGGAGCUAAGUUUGUUAGAUUAUAGUUGUCUGCGAUACUUGCCUUCAUUAAUUGCUGCAUCAGCUAUUUUUCUUUCAAGAUUCACAAUCCAACCAGAGAUACAUCCUUGGCAGAACUUGGCAUUGCAAUGCGUUUCUGGUUAUAAACCAACCGACUUGAAGGAAUGUGUCCUUGUCAUUCAUGACUUGCAUUUGAAUAGAAGGGAAAAGCCUCUGCCAGCAGUGAGAGAGAAAUACAUGCAGCACAAGUUUAAGUGUGUAGCAAUGCUAUCUUCCCCCGCUGAAGUGCCUGCGCAUUAUUUUGAGGCCAUAGAAGAGUAAACUAUUAACAAAAUUUUAUGAGAAGUAGACUGAAGUUCAAAAUGAUGCUGAUAAAUUCCUUCUAACUGGUAACAACAAUUUUUCUUCUCUUGCUCAAUGUGAUGGUGUUAUAAUUCAACCACCGGUUGAUUGUAGCUGGGCUUUAGCUGAGGUGUUGGUGACUUUGUCGUUUAGAAACACAGGCAGCCAUUAUAAUGUAGCAAUUUGGCUUUUGAUGAACAAUGAGACUUUUAGUUCUAUGUUUGGGGGAAAAAAAAAUGGACAUCAUUUUUGAUUUAAUGUUCUGGCGGAAGAAUGUGGUUCCUCUUGGAAUAUCAUCAUUGCUUUUGGCUUCAUGGUUGAGUUUAAAUAAAAGUUGCGACUUUCGACUUCA